CUGACACACCAGGCGGGUCGGGGGUAUUAGUGAGCCACGCUCACUUUUGCACUUGUUUUCUUCUGAUUUUAUAACAAGUUGCAUAUAACUCUAUGUCAGGUGUUUUGUGUACAGGUGUCUAGGCUUGGACUCAUCGGUGGGGAAUCAGUCAAAGAUACAACAAGAAUUAUGACUUCUGUGGUUAGCCAUCCACUGGCAUUACAACUCAUUGGAUGGGCAAAGGAGAAAAAACAGGCUUUUCGACUCUGUCUUAAAGAAGUUAUUUUCAAAGCUGUGAGAAGAAAUCCUGAAAUACACAAGGCCACAGACAACGACAUUGAGAAGUGCGCCAAGGAUUGGCUCCGUGGUGCAAGUGACAGAAAUGGGGCCCGGAAACUAAGAUAUAUGCGGGCUGCAGCUGCAGCUUCUUCUUCUACUACAGAGAUGCCCGAGGAAUGAACUGCCGAUGUGGUUAUCUCAUAAAUAAAUAUUCUUCAUGUAAUCAUCGUUUUUGGUGUCUUUGCAUAACAAUCAGU